CUUUGAAGGCCGUCCCCGGAAGCAGUGGAUGUUUCCGCUCGCUUGUUUAAGGUUCUUAUCGAGUUUACGAGGAGAGAAAUAUCUGUUCCGCUCUGUAAGCACGAGAUUUACCGGAGCGGGAGGGCGGGUCCGCCAGAGGAGACGUCCUGACUCACAGCCCGUGUCUAAAUUCACGGAUUUGACCCCUGGGACUAUAACGGGAGACAUUCUGGAUUCGACCGGUAGCGAAGCUAAGCUAAGCUAAGCUACAUUUGAUCCACCGCUGGCCGAGGUGACAGGAAUGGCUCGGCCGAGAAAGAAAAGCUUUCCGGGUGUUUAGCACGAUGCUCUGCGGCGGCAAGAACACGGUACGACCUACACGAGUCCAACCGGUAUCAUCCCAACAAGCGCGGGGAACAGUGUGAGCCGGUGACAUCUACAGAGGAGAAGAUGAAGAUGAAGAUGAUGGGAGGCAGAGUGGAGCUGCUGGAGGUCUUCUGUCUGCUGCUGAUGAGCGGAAACACACUGUGCACAGACUCCGAGCAGACACAACACCUCUCCUCCUAUCAGCUGACUGUCCCGCGACCAAUAGGAGGCCGGCUGAGGCGGGACACGAACGGCAGACCACCCAAUCAGGUGUCUUACGUCAUCAGUGUGGAUGGAAACGAUCACGUUGUUCAUCUGGAGAGAAACGAACGGCUGCUUCCUGCAGACUUCACAGUGUUCUCCUACAGUCAGAACGGGUCCCUGAUCACCUCCAGACCCCCUCUACAGGACCACUGUCACUACCAGGGCUCCGUUCAGAACAUGGAGGGUUCUGCUGUCGCUAUGAGCAUCUGCAACGGCCUCAGAGGAGUGAUGCAUCUGUCUGACAACAGCUACGGCAUCGAGCCUUCAGGCUCCUCCCCCGACCAGCACCUGGUCUACCGCCUUCAGGAUGUGACAUCACAGCCCCGGGGGUGUGGCACGCCGCACCACGGAGAGGAGCGUGCUCCGUACAGGGCGGAGGAAAUCCACCAGCGAGGCCACAGCAGGAUGAAGCGAGCAGUUCUCCAUCAGACGCACUACGUGGAGCUGCUGCUGGUGGUGGACAACGAGCGGUAUAAUUUCUUGAACAAGAACGAGACGGCUGUGAGGGACGAGAUGGUUCAUCUGGCCAACCUGGUCGACAGCAUCUACAAGCAGCUGAACGUGCGCGUGGUCCUGGUCGGGCUGGAGAUCUGGACUCAGCAGAACCGGAUCAGCACUGACGGAGGAGCCGGGGAGGUGCUGAGUCGCUUCACCCAGUGGAGAGAGAAGGAGCUCGUUCCCCGCCAGCGCCAUGACUCGGCACAACUCGUCCUGAAGAAGAGUUUUGGGGGAACAGCUGGAAUGGCUUACGUCUCCACGGUCUGCUCCAGGAGCCACGGGGGCGGGAUCAACGCGUUCCUCAGCAACAACGUUGCCUCCUUUGCCUCCAUCGUUGCUCAUGAGCUGGGUCACAAUCUGGGGAUGAACCACGAUGACAACCGCUCGUGUUCGUGUUCAGUGAAGGCCUGCAUCAUGAACUCUGGAGCCACAGGCUCCAUGAACUUCAGCAGCUGCAGCGCUGAUGACUUUGAGAAGAUGAUCCUGCAGACGGGGGGCUCGUGUCUCCUGAACGUCCCCCGGCCCGACGAGGCUUACAGCGCCCCCUCCUGUGGGAACCGCCUGGUGGACGUGGGGGAGGAGUGUGACUGUGGGACCCAGAAGGAGUGUGAGGAGGACCCCUGCUGUGAGUACCACACCUGUAGGCUGAGGCCUGGUGCUCAGUGUGCAUAUGGAGAGUGCUGCUACAAAUGUCAGUACCUGCCAGGUGGGUCGGUGUGCCGGUCCAGCACCGAUGAGUGUGAUCUACCCGAGUACUGCAACGGGUCCUCGUCCCUCUGUCAGAUGGACGUCUUUGUCCAGAAUGGACAUCCCUGUAGGACACAUCAGGCCUUCUGCUAUAACGGAAAGUGUCAACACUACGAUGGACAGUGUCAGGCCAUCUUUGGAUCCAAGGCCAAAGCAGCUCCUGACGUCUGUUUCAAAGACGUCAACAGCAAAGGAGAUCGAUUUGGAAACUGCGGCUACCACAACUACGGCCACAAGAAGUGUGAGAGCAGAAACGCCAUGUGUGGGAAGCUACAGUGCUCCAACGUCCAGACGGUGACGGCGUUCGGCAUCGAAGCGGCGAUCCUCAUCACGCCCAUCGGGGGGGCCACGUGUUACGGCGUGGACUUCAGGUUGGGGUCGGACGUCCCCGAUCCGGGCAUGGUGAACGAGGGCAGCAAGUGUGGAGACAACAAGGUCUGCGUGAACUUUGAGUGCAGCAGCGUCGAUGCACUGAACUACGACUGUGACGUGGAGGACAAGUGUCACGGACACGGGGUGUGUAACAGUAACAGAAACUGUCACUGUGAUGACGGCUGGGCGCCACCUUUCUGUGAGGUCAAAGGUUACGGGGGCAGCGUGGACAGCGGUCCCACCUGGAACGAUAAAGACACGUCUGUCAGAGACGGGCUGCUCGUCUUCUUCUUCUUCGUCCUUCCUCUUCUCGCUCUGGGUGCGUUUGUUUUCCUGCGCAAGAACGAGCUGCUGCGUCGCCUGGGGCUGAGCCGCAGGAAGAGGUCACAUGGUGCCCAGGCCGAUGCAACAUCAGCCAAUCGCAGCAGAGGACCACCUCCCAGAGCACAGCCUCCACCUGUUACUCACGGCAACAGCAUCGUCAAAGAUGGGCACAACGCUCAGCUGCUGCCACCACAGGAGGUGGUGGAGACCAGCAGGACGGCUUCCUCCUACGCUCUGAGGCCUCCUCCUCCUCCUCAUAAACCAAAACUUUCUGCUGCAUCUCAUCCUCUGGUGCCGCAAAGACCCGCCCCCGCUCCACCUGUUUAACCAAUCGAUGGGCCCCGUCCACCCCACCUGGACCACACCGUCCUCCUUCUCAUCUCCUCGUCUUCUUCAACCUCAGUCUGAAACCCAGCAUCAGCCCGGCAACGGACUAUGGAGCCAAGAUGGUCGACAGAACCUGGGCCCGGUCACACUGGACUAGAACUGAUCUGAUUAUAUCUAGUCCCAUAUGGAACAAAGCUCAGGUGACAGAGCUGUCACCAAACAUUCUAACUAAUAAUCAGAUUUACUUUCAUUAGCAUGCUGGCUAACAGUAGCUAAUGCUAGUUAGCAGCAGUGCUUCUCAGAUUUCCUACUAUUGCUCCCAUUACAGAUGAUCCACUAUACAGUUAGCUUGUUACGUUUUUUAAUCCGAUAUUUGAAGCUAAGUUAACAGUUCAAAAGGUCACACCACUGCUAGCAUCAUGGAAUAUAGGAGUGUGUCAGGUCAUUGAUUUCAUAGCACGUAGCUAUUUACACAUUAGAUUUUUACUUCUGCAGAUGGAAUUCACGCCUUGUUCACUCGUGAAAAUGAUCUCAAACAAAAGUCUAGGUUCCUAUUUUCUGCAGAAAUACAAAAUCCAACAUGAGAAUCCCAUGAGCGUGCUACCAUGCUAGAAGGUCAUUAUAUCACUGUCCACCUUGAAUGUACAAAUGUAACCACUAUAUUUAGCGCCCAAUGGUCUUUAAUUGCUCAGAUUUGAUUGAUUAAUUAGCUGCUAAUCACGUGCAGAGCCCUCGCUCUGAUUGGCUGGUUUGAUGACACAGAGGUCCCUGGAGGUGGAGCUUACACUUGAACUCCUCUCUGUUCACUGAAGCACUGGUGCUCUCUCAUUGACCCCCCCCCCCCUCCUUGUAGAAAUGGGAGCAAUGCUCCUCUAGGUUUUUACUUCCUGUUCUGGGUCUGAACGGUACGUUGAUGUUUGGGACUCUGAAGCUAUGCUAACACUUGAGCUCUGUCGGUGUCUCCUGAGGACGCGCCAGGCCUCGUCCACACACACACGGCCAGUAGGAGACUCCAGAGACUCAAAUAGUCCAGAAUUACAAUAUGCGAUACAGAAGCUAACAAAGGGUUGCUGUUACUUCGGGCUUAGCACCAAUGAUGAUGUCAUCGUGUCUCUUGUUCUCUCAGAAAAACUAACUGUUUGAGGACUAGAGUUCAUCACAUGUGCUCACAGGACACGCCCCUCUCAUGUUGGGGGGGAGCUUUUAUUUGGUCAGUGGAUCCAUUUGACCUGAGUUUUCUGGCUCCACACUUUAAAGAGGUCCCUCACGAGGAGAACGCCGUGCCCUUUGCUCGCUUCCACGCCUCCUCCUGUAGGAAGAGGAGGAAAAGAGCAAAGUUAUUCUGGGAUGUCGGAGCAGCUGAAGAGCGUCCCGUUACAGCCCAGCACUUCUGCUGAUGCAUCACUUUAAGGAGGAGAAGUCAGCUGAUGUCCUGAGGAGGAAUCAGCUGGUCUCACACAUCCAGCCCUCAGGGUCCAUCCGCCGCCAAAAGUAGUCCAUAUAUAAUAAAGAUAAAUCACAUAUAACUAAAAAAAGGUUUAAUAGGAAUUUCCUAUGAGGACUGCAGUGAUUUAAUUUUCUCAGUUAAUCUUUAUUUUGACAGUUUAGCUUUUUGUCAAUUCAUUUAUUCAUCAGGCAGGAAGAAAAAUAGAGAUAUCACUGUUUUAAGAAUUAAUUUUCAAAAUUGUUUAAACAUUUUUUUUUCUUCUAAAUAUACAAAAAACAAAAGUGAUUCAAUCAAUAUUCGGGUAAUUUAUUUUUGAUGAGCUCCCAUGAAACCUCAAGCAAAACAGCAUUUAUUUUAAGUAAGGAAGUCAGACAGGUCGCUCUUGGUUUGACUCAACGAGAGAUUUAUAAAAAAAACAUGUACAUAUGAAUACAUGAGAUCAGCACCGAAGCAGGUUGACCUGAAGCCUGCUGGUCACUAGCUCAGAGGUCAAAGGUCAGGUGUGUGUGCUGCUUGGGGGGCAUCUCCAUGAGCAGUUCUACAUGUUUAUGCUAAACCUGUGUGACCCCUGUGUAACAACAGUCUGACCUGUUACCAUGGCAACGCUGGGAAUAUCCCCCCACUUUUCUACUAUAAUAAAUGAUUUUUCUUUUUGCAAAUGUAAACAUUGUAUUCGUGGUGAUGGUUCUGAUUUGGUUCCUACAUGUUGCUGUGAUUUUAUUUUAGCAGCAGCUGUCUGAGACCGAGCUGCUCUGCAGCAUCAUGUGAACAUUUAAUAAACUUUAUUCAA